AAAUUGAGCAUGCUUGGGGCCGAAGUCUGUCUCCCGCCAACAUUGGUUCGAAGUUUCGGGGGUUCAGGGUUUACGGGAUCCGUCUUGCCAAUGGUGGAUUGAUGCCCGUGUCUUGGUCGUGAUCCAAUUGCUUCGCAAUUACCAUCGCCGAACAAUUCGGCGUGAGGUUGUUUGUUCAGAAAUAAUAACCUCGCAGAAUGAGAGAGAGAAUUGCCUUCGGGCUUGUCCUUCUGCUCCGUUUGGCGAAAUAGCAGGCGGUUGCCAGGAGAGUGGUGCAAUUUUAUGCGCUUCUGCGGUUUGUCUGUGUGAUAAAUUGUGGUGAAUUGUGGUCGCGGUGCAGUGGGAGAAUAUGUAGCGUAGGUAGAUAUGGAGGAUUUUCUUCUUGGAAAGCGAUGUCUGGCUGUGCAGUUUAGAGAUGACGGUUUGAAGGAGCUGUGGGUUUUAGUAUCAAUGGACACGGGAGCGGGUAGAAACGACAAGGUUUGGGGUUAGGAAGUGUUUUUGAUCUUUGAAAGUGGUGGUUGGAGUCGUCAUUCAUUUUGUUUCGGGAAACUAUGGCUCGUCCUAUUCGAGUUUUGAACGUGGCGGAAAAACCUUCUGUGGCGAAAUCUGUGGCAGUUAUUUUAUCCCGCGGCAAUGUACGGACUCGGAAUGGGAGGUCUGUGUAUAAUAAGAUUUUUGAAUUUGGUUACACUAUUGGAGGGCAACAAUGCGACAUGCUUAUGACCUCGGUGACAGGCCAUCUUAUGGAGCUCGACUUUGAGGAUCAAUUCCGAAAAUGGCAUUCUUGUGAUCCUGUAGAUCUCUUUCAGGCGCCUGUGCGAAAGAAAGUGCCUCAAGAUAAAGUGAAUUUGCAGAAGACUUUAGAAGAAGAAGCUCGGCAUUGUCAAUGGCUCGUGCUAUGGCUAGAUUGUGAUCGGGAGGGUGAGAAUAUCGCGUAUGAAGUAGUGGACGUCUGCCGCGCUAGCAAUGCACGUAUUAACAUCUGGAGGGCGCAUUUUUCUGCCCUCAUUGACAGAGAAAUACAUCAUGCAGUCCAACAUCUAGGUCGCCCCAAUAAGAUGUAUGCUGAUGCUGUUGAUGCUCGCCAGGAGAUUGAUUUGCGGAUUGGGGCAUCAUUCACUCGUUUUCAAACUAUGCUGCUCUCAGAUUCCUUUGUUAUGCCAUUUGGUGAAGAUGACAAGAAGCUUGUACUGAGCUAUGGACCCUGCCAGUUUCCAACUCUGGGAUUUGUGGUGGAACGCUACUGGCAAAUACAAGCUCAUGUGGCAGAGGAUUUUUGGGCCAUUAAGUGUUUUCACAAGGCGGAGGAUGGCAGUGCUGAGUUCUCUUGGGCACGUGGGAGGCUCUUUGAUGAACUUGCUGCCUUCAUUAUUUAUGAAAUGUGUAUGGAGCGGCCUACUGCCACAGUCUGUCAAGUCACUGGACAGGAAAAACGAAAAUUUCCACCUGUUCCUCUCAACACUGUCGAAUUGCAGAAAAGGGCCUCUCGGUAUUUUCGAAUGGGGUCAGAACAAACUAUGAAGGUGGCAGAGGAAUUAUAUCAAGCAGGAUUCAUUAGUUAUCCUAGAACAGAGACAGAUAAAUUUUCUGAAAAUCAAGAUUUGCAGUCUAUAGUGAAUGAACAAAUCGGACACUCUGCUUGGGGUCAGUAUGCACAACGUCUUCUGGACCCUCAACAGCAGUUGUGGAAGCAGCCUGGUGAUGGUGGUCAUGACGAUAAGGCUCAUCCUCCAAUCCAUCCUACUCGUUUUUCCGAAGGUGAAGGCAACUGGACAAAUGAUCACGCGAGAAUUUACGAGCUUGUCGUACGCCACUUUUUAGCCUGCGUCUCUCAACCUGCCAUUGGCUACGGAACCACUGCAACUAUAGACAUUGCUGGAGAGAGGUUCACUGCUACAGGCCUUAUGAUCACAGCAAAAAAUUAUCUUGACGUUUAUCGAUUCGACAAUUGGGGUACUUCUACAAUUCCAAAAUUUGAAGUGGGUCAGCAGUUUAUACCUACUAGGCUGACUUUGGAGGUUGGCAGAACGCAGCCUCCACCUUUGCUCAGUGAAGCAGACCUCAUUAGUCUUAUGGACAAGGCAGGGAUAGGUACAGACGCAACUAUGCACGACCAUAUCAAGAAGUUAUUGGACCGUUGCUAUGCCACAAAAGAUGCUAAUACACGCUUUUGUCCCACAACCCUCGGGGAGGCUUUGGUUAUGGGAUAUGAUAGCAUGGGACAUGAGCUGUGGAAGCCUGAUCUUCGGGCUCUAAUGGAGAGUGACAUGAAAGCUGUGAGCGAUGGUAGGAAAACAAAACCUCAAGUUCUUGAGGCAGCAUUAGAAGGAAUGAAGAGUCUCUUCAUCAGUGCUAGAACGCAGAAGGAAAAGCUGUUGGAUGCGAUGGGUAUUUUUUUUGAAAGGUCUGCAGGUGGAGACGAGCAACGACAAGCAGGAGAAAGAGUGCGACUCUGUCCACUGUGUCAGCAAAAUACCAUGAUUCUUCGGAAGAAGCCGGAUGGCAAGUUUAUGGUCGGAUGCUCCGGUUACCCGAAUUGCAGAAAUGUGGUUUGGUUACCCGGACCUGCGAUUGAGGCAUCUGUGACCAAUCAGCCUUGCAUUUCUUGUGGACCUGGCCAGGUCUUGAAGAUAUAUUUGAAAUUUCGUAGGGGUGAAAUACCUCCCAACUUCGAUGUGGAGCACACAGGUUGUGUGGGCUGUGAUCGGGUUAUCAAGGAGUUAAUUGAAAUUUGUGGGACAGGUCCACGUCCUACUCCAGGCGGCACUGGACCACCAACUGGUCAAUCCUCUAGGCCGGGUAUACCUAGGGCAUUUCCAAAUACUUUCGGCAAUGGCAAUGCAGCUGGUGGAAGUGGCUACAUGUCUGGAAAUAGCAAUGGUUUUGGUAACAACUCUAGUUUUGUGACUGGACGGGAAGCAAGUCAAAGAAAUUGUACAAAUUGUGGGCAGUCGGGACAUUACAAUAUGGAUUGUCCUCGGAAUCAGCAAGGUCGCGUCUCGAACCGCAACCAAGAUCGAAGACGGAAUGACCCAUCCGUGCCUCCUGCUUCAGGAAGGGAAGGAGUACGUUGCGAUUGCGGCAAGCCGUGUAAAUUGCUAACCGCUAACACAGAGGCAAAUCGUGGCAGACGAUUUCACCGUUGUCCUACUGGUGAAUGCGAAUUCUUCCAAUGGGAAGACGCUUCAGCUGUUCACCCUCCAGCACCAGAUCCAGUACCAACUCAAAGAGGUCAAGGGAGAGCUCGAGGUGGUCGAAGGGAGCGAGCAUCGACAAAAACUACAGUAAGAUCCAGGAGUACCAGAACAGUUGUAAGUUCCAGCUCUGGAAGCUCGAGGUCUAGUGGGGCGCGAGGAGGGCAAUCAAAUUCCUCAAGGGGCACCUUUGUUAGCGCAACUGGAGAGUCUGCUGGCUCCUGCUUUAAAUGUGGGCAAAGUGGACACUGGGCAAAUGCUUGCCCCUCUCGAAAUAUGUAGGAACACUGCCGUUUGAGUGUUUUUCUUUCAUGGUAUAUUCGAGUUUUUCAUUUGAAGGGUUCGUUCACUUCAUACUGCAUGUUAAUGCUGUAUGCAUUAGAGGAUUUAGUAACCAUGGCAAAGCUUGUAUCAGCGAUCUUUAUUCCGGUGCAGAUGCAAGGAAGCGGUAAUCGGUAGAUCUGUGGUGGCCUAAUCUGUCAGAAAGCGGUUAUUUUUGCUAUCUGUCCAUGAUGCAAGGCAUCAAUUACAUUUUUUUAAACAAAGUCGUUUGAGGUGGCAACAAUCCCAUCACCAAUUGGAGAACCAAA